UACAGAUACAGUCCAAUAAUCCAGUAAUAAACACCGACGCGUCUGACAGCAGUCUCCAAAACAUCACAGCAGCUUCAAUCUGUUUGACAAAGUCACCUGAAAAUAUUGCUUUUGCUCCACUUGCAAUGGUUCGUUUCGGCCGCUUUCACUGACAGAGUUCCCAGCCUCUGUGGUCCCCACCUGCCUGUCAGCUGCCUCCCUAAAAGGCUUCAACAUGCUGCGAGAGAGCUCCAAGGCGUGGAGCAACGGCUCAGAGGCCUACAGCAGCGAUCCUGAGGAGGACGAGGAGGAAGAAGAGGACAUGGUAUUUGGGGAGACUGAUCAGGACGGCAUGGCGGAGGAGAUGAUGGACCUGAGCGACCUCCCCACGGCGCUCUUUGCAUGCAGUGUCCACGAUGCCGUGUUCGAAGAGGACGUACACAGGGAGAGGUUUGAGGCGUUGUUUAGGAUCUACGAUGAACAGACAACUUUCCAGAUGUUUAAAAGCUUCCGGAGAGUCCGGAUCAACUUCAGCACCCCAGAGGCCGCUGCCCGCGCUCGCAUCGAGUUGCACGAGUCCGAGUUCAACGGCAAGAAGCUCAAACUCUACUUUGCCCAAGUCCAGAGUGGGGAUGUGGACAUCGACAAGUCGUACCUGGCCCCUCCCCAGCCCACCAAACAGUUUCUGAUCUCGCCGCCUGCCUCACCACCUGUGGGCUGGAGCCAGAGCGAAGACGCUACGCCCGUCAUCAACUACGACCUGCUGUGUGCAGUAGCCAAGCUAGGACCCGGUGAGAAGUACGAGCUCCACGCCGGGACAGAGUCCACCCCCAGCGUGGUCGUCCACGUGUGCGAGAGCGAGACGGAGGAGGACGAGGGGGCGCGGCCAAAGCAGCAGAUCGUCCAGACCAGACGUCCCGAGGAACCCCCCAAAGUCUUCAACUAGAGAGGCCUCCCCCCCGACACCGGGCGUGGCCCCCGACCGCCCCUUAAACCCGCAACACACCUGCCCUCUCUCUCUCGUCUCUGCACUCACAGAGAGCGUCGAUGCCCCUCAUUUCAGUUCAACUACAAGUAAAAACAAACCAACAAACAUUGCUCGAAGACGGUGUUUGUGGGGAGCGUGGCGAUGGAAUGAGGCGGCUUGAAAGGGAUGGAUGAGAAUCACACACACACUCAUCACAUUCUGCGGACAGCGUGGGGAGCGGCGGGCACUUGUGCCUCCACCUCACAAACCCUCCUCGUUUUCAGCCAGAGGGGGGGGAAAUACCUGUCCCAACGCAGGCACCUGUCACUUAUCACACACACUCAGCUCUCAUUGCUAGUCCUGCUCAGUAGCUUUGCUAGUUAGUUAGCUUGUUAGCUUGUACCUCUCCCUUCGUGUGUACAACAAUCUUUGGUUAAACAAAGACAUUUCUUCUAUUUUUUUUUCUUCUUCUUUUUUACAAUAAAUAGUGUUUUCAGAUUAUUAUAUAUAUUGCUAUUUCUUUUUUCUUCUUUUUUCAUCCAUUUUCAUAUCUGCUGGUUUGUCGCUUCAGCUUGCAUUAAGAUUGAGUGUGUGAUGUUCCCGCUCUUGUCUGCAUGUAUAUACUGUAUUACAAAAAAUACGUACAGAAACACAAAUACUAACGAGAUAUAUCAAGAAAAAGGAACCUAUUUAACAUCACACACAGCACGAAGCGUCAUAUGUGACUAACAAAGUUGUGGUGGCUGUUUGACUUUCUUUAUUUGUUCUCGCUCGUUUUUCGCUUUUUGUCUUUUUUAUUUGGAGAGGUGUUGUUUUUUGCUAAACUACUAGAUGUGUAUUCUUACUAUGUAUUUGAUACCCCAACACUUUUUGCAUGCUUAGUUACUUCUGUAGAUGAGGAGCUGAGGUGUUUUUUUAAUUGUUGUUUGUGAUGACAGGGAAACAGUGUGACGCUUUUGACGCAAGUGCAUAUCCCCGCUCAGAGUUUAAAGUGACGUUUUAGGGGGAAAAAGCCGAAUGGUGAUUGACACUUUUGUCAAAUUUGCAUUCGUCGCUUUUGUUGGGAUUUUGAUGGAUCAGAGACAGUUCAUCCACCUCAUUUUCUUCAAGGGGUUUGGGAUGUGGAGCUUUUUUUUCUGAUUCUGUUUGUUGUAAUUCACAUCUUUAAUGUCAUGUUGUUUGAUCAAACCCACUUUCUAUGUGUCAGGUUUUCUUCUGAAAGCUACUACUGCUUGUUUUGCACUGAGUAUCUCUCGAUAUCUCCAAGCAGCUGCGGGGCUCUCGGCCGUCUCCUGCUGCGCACCAGAAUACUGCGCUGUUUCUCGCUGUAAAUAGCUGAGCAGUAGAUUUGUGGAAAUAGUCCUUUUAGAUUUUGUAGUUUACCUAAAAGCAUUUUGCUGAAAAAAGGGAAAAUUAGGUAACCUGAUGAGAUAUCAACCAAAGCAUUCACUCACCCCAUAUUGUCACAACGCAAACGUUUUUUCUUACUCAGAGACACUGAUGUAUAUUGUUCAAGUGAGCAGAAAGAAAUCAUAUUUUCCCGACACAACUUUUCAUCGCAUCGUUUUCUAUUUUAUACUAGCACAUGUAUUUUUUUGCAGUAUCUAGUUCAGUGGAAAGUCGAUCAAAUCUCCACUAAAAAUCAUAUACCUGAAUAUUUUUCCUCUUUUUUUUGGUUAAUUCUCCCCACAAUCCCGUAUCAUAUUAGUGUUUCACCUCCUUGUUGAAUAAAAUAUUUCAGUGCUUUAGAAACAACAUUAACAAAUGUUCCUUACAGGGCUUUUGGGUGUCAGCGGUGAGUCUAAAUCUUAUUUGUCAUUUGGCAGCAUGAAAUCAAAAAAAUACUUUUUUGCUAAAUAACAAUAUUAGUACGCAAAAGACAAGCCCAUCUGCAUGUGAGCACUUUAUUGUCGCUGUUUUGUUUGUUUCCUUCACAUAAAAUAGUCCUUCUUGAGACAAAGUAGGAAGCACAUUGCAUUUCUUCUCUGUUUCUUUAGUUAUUUUUAUUUAUUUUUUAUCUCAAGCUGAACACCUGGUUAGCCUUUUCACCAGCAUAUUGCAGUGAGAGAAACACUCCACUUCCUUUUGCUAGUGUGAACCUUGGAGAACUUCAGGCCUUUUUUGGAUCUAUGGGAGUGUACCACUGUAAAAGGUGUAGACACGCAGUAUAGUUAUAGGUUUUAAAUGAGGCGGGAUGACACUGCAGAGCAAAAUCAAUGUCUUUGUUUUUGGUGUUUGUCCGCAAGAAACAUUCAUCUUAUCUGCUGAGAAAGUUAAACAGUUCUUUGAAAUGUUGGCAGAGUGCAGUUUUAUUGGCACUACAGUAAAGCUGUCGCAGUUAUGUAAGCAGACAGAAGAUUGGUGGAUCUACUGAGGUGCAUUAUGAUAAAGAGGAAGCAGCGGAGCAGGAGGAAGACACUCGUGAAGAUUUUUUUACUCUCUUGUGGUCAUGGUGUUUAAAACCGGGUGCAUUUUGGUCACAGUUGAAAUGAAAAAUGUAUAUUUAUGUACAUAUGCCAAGUGUUUUCUUUUUGUUGCUGAGGCCAGUCCCAGUGUGCAGUUUGUUACGGCUUCUCUUGGCAAUGUUGUAAUGUAAAAAAUAAUAAUAAAAAAUACAAAAAUGUGUAACGAUAAGUCCUGAAGAUGCUCGAUCAAAAACCAACUGUCAUUGUGUUGUGUUCAACAUGGACUCUGUUUGAAUGUUUCUUUUAUUUCUGGGGAACGUCUACUAAAAAGGUCAAUAAUACCGUUUGUCACUGUUGUACUGUUUCUGUUGAAAUAUGAAUAUUGUGUCUUGUAUUGUAGGAAUCCAGAAAACAAAGUAGCAAAACAAGCAAUAAUUUACAGUUCUAUAAUACGGUAUGUGUAUUUUCAUGUUCUGUACUUAUUUCUCAGAGAUGGUCUCUGUCUCUGUAUCUCAGUAUCCGCUUCUAUUUGUGUAGUAUAAUAGCCAUUUGUUUCACAUAGAGAAAUACAUAAAGACUUAUUCUUAAAAGCCA